GUUAAAGCGACGUCACGGGGAGUAGUUCCAAGAUGGCUGCGCCCACUGCGAGAGUGAAGUCUGUACUGUAUCUUGGAAGUAGGUGAUACAGCCAGAGUGCCAUUUGUUUUUGCUCUCUGAUUCUCGGAGGACAGGCUGAUGUGCCAUGAACUGCAUGCGGACUUUAUUGCUGGCUCAGGAGCUGUCAUCUUGGAGGAGUGCUGUUCCACUACAGGCUGCUUCUAAAAGGAAUCUCCUGCGACAAUGGAGAAAGAACUGUCUCCAGAAUUCCAGGCUGGCUCCUGUAAGGAGCAUCCAUCAGAGUGCAGAGCUUGGCACUGCCAAACUUCCUGUUCAACGUGACCCAAAGCAUAGUAAAGAAUCCACUACUCGAGCCUUGGAGCCUGUGGAGAAUGUAUUUGAAAGAGCUUCUAAAGAUGGAAAGACUAAGGCUGCAUUCCAGAAAGCUUUGGAACUCUUCUGCCAGCAGGAUGUCCGCCGGAGGGGUCACAUAGAAUUCAUCUAUGCAGCUGUAAAGAAGAUGCCAGAGUUUGGGGUACAGAAAGACAUCAAUGUAUACAACAAAAUCUUGGAUGUCUUCCCCAAGGAUGUGUUUGUGCCUCGCAAUUUCAUCCAGAGAAUAUUCAACCACUACCCACGACAGCAGGAAUGUGGUGUCUACGUGCUUGAUCAAAUGGAAAGCUAUGGUGUCAUGCCGAACAAACAGACACAGUUUCUGCUGCUCCAGAUAUUUGGGGAUGCAAGUCACCCCAUAAAAAAGUACCAAAGGAUGAUGUACUGGAUCCCUAAAUUCAGACAGCUCAAUCCUUACCCAGUCCCAGAUCCUCUGCCGGAGGACCCCGUUGACCUUGCGAGGUUGAGCCUGCAGAGGAUUGCAGCUGACCUGGAUGCCAAGGUUACAGUGUAUCAGCUGCCUCAUGAGGAGAUCUUGGACUCUGGUAAACCAAUCAGUCACCCGCAUAUUGUAGGGAUUCAGAGCCCUGACCAGCAGUCGCUCUUGGCUCAGCACAAUCCAGAAAGGCCUCUUUUUGUUGAAGGCCCCUUCCGCUUAUGGCUCAAAAACACUUGUGUUUAUUAUUAUGUUCUCAGGGCACAGCUGCUGCCUCCAGAAGAAAGGAAGGAAGAAAUAAUUGACCCACAGAGGAAUUUUUUCUACCCCAUGUACCUGGACAUUGACCUGGAACGGUUCCAUUGGGAUGAUCUGGAAUUUGAUAUAGAUGAAGUUGAGGAAGCCCCUGUGUUUGCCAUGUGUAUGGCAGGGGCAGGAGACCAGGCCACCUUGGCAAAGUGGAUUGUGGGACUCGAGGAGACAAAUCCCAUAUUGAAUCAGACCCUGGUGGUGUUCCGGCUUACUCCUGGGCCUCAGGAGCUGCAGCUCAACACUGACUCAGAUGAUGAAGAGAAAAAUGAGAAGACGAGAAGCUCAGACUUUGAAAUGAGAAUUUGAGGACAAGCUGUUUACAUGUUAGCUUUAUUGUAUAAUUUCCUAUGUGUACCUUAAAGUCCCAUAAAGUGUCAUUAUUCUUGAUUUGGAUUCAGCAGUUUAAGGAUAAAUCCUGAGUUGAUCUGGAAGUGCUGGACAUACCUGCUUUUGCAGCUAAGACACUUUUUUCUGAGUUGUGGUAGCAGUACAGGUAUUGAUAAUUGAGAGAUGGAGUUGGCACCUUUGCUGUAACAGCACUUAAAGAGUUGUUAAUGCUGCUCUCCUUUCAGCCAGUUCUUUGCAGUUAAACUUUUGAAAAGAAUGCUGAAGUUUAAAAUUCUCUUUGUUUCCCCUUCUUCAGUAUGUCCCCUCACACAUGCCAUUAGUUCUGUCAUUUUUAGUAACACCCUUUAAAGUAGAGGAGCCUUCAUUAUAUAGUAAUUAAUAUCUCUGUUUCUUGAUCAUUGUCGUCCUUGCUCUCAAGAAAGCAGAGUUUUCUGUUUUCUUGGCUCCGGGCUGGAAUCAGGUGUUCUGAUGCUCGAGUGGUUUACUAAAAAGUUGAUGGGGUGUGAGAAAGCUUGUUGCAUGCGUUUCUGAUAUGUUUAUUCCUGUAACUCCACACAGCAAAAUGCUGGGUAAAUGCUGGAGCAUCGGACCUAUGCGUAACAGCUCAAGACAUAAUAAACUUCAAAUGUGUUCUGUGUGAGAGAGAUUUAAUUUAACACUUGAAUAGUUAUAACUUUAAGUAAACCUCCUGCUUGCGGGCGAAGACCUCUGAAAACUCAUAUGUUAUUUGUAAUCAUAGAUGUAUAAUUAUUAAAAUGUUCAUGUUUGCAUUUUG